GUAUCUAUUCAUAUCUAACGCAUUCACAGCUGCGGGUUUCGCAGAACGCAGCGGCGCAUUGCAGCUUUCUUGUCGGGCGGUUACGCGCAACGAACACAAGCGGUGCACGUUAUCUCUCAUUCUGGUAGCGCCGAUGUCUACCGCACGACGUGCACGCGAGCGCAAUGCGCACCCAAAAGCUGAGACGUACUCCAGAGCCGAUGAGGCGCUGUGGGACGACGAGUAUCUGCUAAAGCUCUUUAACGAGCAGUUGGAGAACUCAGCCGCCGUGAGCGAUGCGGCGCACCCGGACAUCAAUGACCGCAGUAACGAGACUUCAGUCUCUGCAUCAGAGACGGAGGACGAUGGGGAAUGCUCCUCCACUGACUCGACGACAUCGUCGAAAAGCUCUGUGAAUGAAAAGAACGGCGCCACGAAAUCUGCGGCAGAAGCCGCAGCGAGUGAUCUCGGCGGUCUUCAACUUCCAGAUGAUGUGAAGACGCUGGUGCAGUCUUUCUACCGCGCCGGCUUCGAGGCUGGCCGCUACGUCGGACGCACGGAAACUGCCGGACAAAAGUCGAGGAAGCGUCGCCGCUGA